CUCUCUCUCUCUCUUUCUCCAUUUUUCUUCUUCCUUUCUUUGUCAACACCUAAACAGAAGACACAAAUUUCUCUGCAAAACCUCCAUAAGAAACCAAACUAACACCUGCGCCAAUACAAAAGCUACAAUUUGUUCAACUGGGUCGUUAUUAGUUUUCUGAAUGCUGUGUUAAAAAGGAUAAAAAAGAAAGUUUCUUGCUUGUAUGCAAAAGAAAUGGCUUUUCAAGAUCAUAUUACACAACAAGAAAUAUCUUUUCAAACACCACUCUCAGCCUCCGCUUCCUCCUCCGCUUCUGCCGGUCCUACGUGGCUUAGCAAAGCAGUACUCAUGAGAAACGACGAUGUCUUGGGUCGGAACCGAAGUCACAAAAACGACAAUAAUGGUGGCCAAGAAGAGUUUUUUGAUGGUAGUGAGGAUAAUAAUAACUGGGAGAGAGCUAAAAGUAAAGCGGAGAUAUUGGGACAUCCGUUAUAUGAACAGUUAUUGGCGGCGCAUGUGGCCUGUUUAAGAAUAGCGACACCAGUUGACCAGUUGGCCAGGAUUGAUACACAGUUAGCUCAAUCUCAAGAAGUUGUGGCUAAGUAUUCUGUUCUUGGUAAUGGUCAAGUUAUUGAUGAGAAAGAGCUUGAUCAGUUCAUGACACAUUAUGUUCUAUUACUCUGUUCCUUUAAAGACCAAUUGCAACAACAUGUCCGAGUUCAUGCUAUGGAGGCAGUAAUGGCUUGCUGGGAGCUCGAACAAUCUCUGCAAAGCUUGACAGGUGCAUCCUUGGGUGAAGGCACAGGUGCAACAAUGUCCGACGAUGAUGAUGAUCAGGCAGAUAGUGACGCCAACUUGUAUGAUGGAAGUCUGGAGGGGCUAGAUUGCAUGGGGUUUGGUCCUCUUGUGCCCACUGAAACUGAGAGGUCCUUGAUGGAGCAUGUGAGAAAAGAAUUAAAGCAUGAGCUGAAACAGGAUUACAAAGAGAAGAUUGUGGACAUAAGAGAAGAAAUUCUCCGUAAGAGAAGGGCUGGAAAAUUGCCAGGAGAUACCACCUCCCUCUUAAAAGCAUGGUGGCAAUCGCAUGCCAAGUGGCCAUAUCCAACUGAGGAAGACAAAGCAAGGUUGGUGCAGGAAACAGGCUUGCAGUUGAAGCAGAUAAAUAACUGGUUCAUAAACCAAAGGAAAAGGAAUUGGCAUAGCAGCCCUUCAGGAUCUACUAUUAAGAGCAAGCGCAAGAAGUGAUAACAGUUUGUCCUCAUCUGAAGCAAUUCACCAUCAGAGCACUCAAGGGAUAUUUGCAAGGAGAAAGACUUGAUUGAUAAGAAUAGAUUAGAAGUUCUGUUUGGAUAUAUCCUCAUACAGUAAAGUAAAUCCUAGUAAGAGUGGCUGCUCUUCAUUUACUAGAGAUAAAUUAAACUUCGUACACCUUUUGAUUCUAGUUGACAGGUAUAUAGUUGAAGAUAUGCCGAGGCAUAUGAUGCCCUAGUUUUAAAAUAUUAGCAGAUUAGAUUGGGGAACAGUUUUAGUUUAGCUAGCUUCUUUCUGCCACAGGCCUGUAAUAGUUUUGCAGUAUUUGGUAUAUGCUUAUAUUUGUGAUGAGAACAGCUGCAAAAUAUUGGUUUAUAAUGCAAGUAUUUGUUUUACAUUCUAAA